UGAAGCUUUUAGAGUGUAAGAGAGAGAAACUGAGAAAGCCUCCUUCGAUGGUGGAGGCCAUGUUGCCGACACAAUUGACCGACUCAUAAACAAGAAACCUCGAAAAUCAACUGCAGAUUCUGUACUGAUUGAUUGAUUGAUGGUUUGUUUAAGCGUGAAGGAAUUGGAAGACAGCAAAUUGGAGCACAGAACAUGUCGAAACCCUCCUCAACUCCCCAAGCUCCAAGAAUCUCUCCGGGAAUGCCUGAAGAGUGGGUUUCCUUGACCCAGGGUUUCUUCCAAAAUGUCAGAGACUCCUCUGAGCUUACAGAAGUUGAAACGAACAACAUUACUUUUAACGAUCUGCUUCGCAGCCUUCUUAAGGUUGAGAGGAUUGAACGCGGCCGCGUCACUUGCCUUCUCUCAAUCAAGCCCCCUGUCCUGAAUUUCUAUGGGACGUUGCACGGAGGGGCAGUUACCGGGCUUGCCGAAUUGGUGUGCACAGCUUGUGCCAGAACUAUCGCCUCUGAGGAUAAGAAAUUGUUUCUUGGGGAAUUGUCUGUGAGUUAUCUCUCUGCAGCUACACCUAAUAUGGUGUUGGAAGUUGAUGGAUCCUUAGUGAGGCAUGGAAGAAAUGUGACGGUAACCUCUGUUGAGUUCAAGAAUAAGCAAACUGGGAAGCUGAUCUACACUGCCCGCGCAACUUUCUAUAACUUGCCAGUCUCGAGUUUAUGAAACUUUUCAUGGCUUAACCAAUUGAGAAUGUUCUCUAGGUGAAAUGUGGUUAAACGAUAAAGUGCAGACCCAGAAAGCUGUGAUUAUGCAAGAGGUGGAGCUAUAACAUCGCCACCAAUGGAUAUUAAGACCUGUGUUCAUCAUGAUAAUGAAAUAAACAGUCAGCAAGUGCAUUCAAAUAGUGCUUUUAUUUGUAAAAUGGUACAUUCAUUCUUGUUGAUGGGAACUUAGAACCUUUUGUAUCUAAUUCUAUUCAAUUAUUUCUCUAUUCCUUUCAA